ACAGCGGAUGCGUUUGCCGGCCGGGCCGGGGAGAACGGGGCUCCGUUGUCUUCCUCUCCCGAGCUCUGGGGUGGAGCUGGGCCGAGCCGGCGGAGAGAGCGGGGAGCGCGGCUGCGGCGGACGGGCCGGGUCUAUGGUCGCUCGGCGGGCCGCUCCACCGGCGGGCGCUUUUCUACCGGGCCGAGCUGCGUUCCAUGGCAGGGAACUUCUGGCAGAGCUCCCACUAUUUACAAUGGAUUUUGGAUAAACAAGAUUUGUUGAAGGAACGCCAAAAGGAUUUAAAAUUUCUCUCAGAAGAAGAAUAUUGGAAAUUACAAAUAUUUUUUACAAAUGUUAUACAGGCAUUAGGUGAACAUCUUAAAUUAAGACAACAAGUAAUUGCCACUGCUACAGUCUAUUUCAAGAGAUUCUAUGCCAGGUAUUCUCUGAAAAGUAUAGAUCCUGUAUUAAUGGCUCCUACAUGUGUGUUUUUAGCAUCCAAAGUAGAGGAAUUUGGAGUAGUCUCAAAUACAAGAUUGACUGCUGCUGCUACUUCUGUAUUAAAAACACGAUUUUCAUAUGCUUUUCCAAAGGAAUUUCCUUACAGGAUGAACCAUAUACUAGAAUGUGAAUUCUAUCUUUUAGAACUAAUGGAUUGUUGCUUGAUAGUGUAUCAUCCUUAUAGACCUUUGCUCCAGUAUGUGCAGGACAUGGGCCAAGAGGACAUGUUGCUUCCCCUUGCGUGGAGGAUAGUGAAUGAUACCUACAGGACUGAUCUUUGCCUUCUGUAUCCUCCUUUUAUGAUAGCUUUAGCUUGUCUACAUGUAGCCUGUGUUGUACAGCAGAAAGAUGCCAGACAGUGGUUUGCUGAGCUCUCUGUAGAUAUGGAGAAGAUUUUGGAAAUUAUCAGGGUUAUUUUAAAGCUAUACGAACAAUGGAAGAAUUUUGAUGAGAGAAAAGAGAUGGCAACUAUUCUUAGUAAGAUGCCAAAGCCGAAACCUCCUCCAAACAGUGAAGGAGAGCAGGGUCCAAAUGGAAGUCAGAACUCUAGCUACAGCCAAUCUUAAAACAUUCCGAAGAAUUUCAUAGUGGACCAGUUGGAAAUAAACCCAUUGGACAAAUUCAGUAAUGUCUUCAAUGGAACACAAAUGAAAAUGAAUAGCUUGUUUCUGUCAAGCAUAUUGGAAAGUGAUCUUAUUUUUGCAAAAUAAGUUUUAUCUGCUUUGAUUCUAGUACAAAAGUGAUUAAAAUUUCUUUAUCAAUAAAAGCUUGGAAAGAAAGGUUCUACGGGGACCUGUAGACAUAAAGACAUAGACAUUCAAAAUAAUUGUGACUAGUAUGAUUUACUCAGUUUGGAUAAUAAAAAAAAAUUCAGCUUUUUAUUAAGUGAGGAAAUAAUUUGCUUAAAGUUCUCUUGAAUCAUUGAAGGAACCGAAAAAGGACAUUAAGAUAUCAAGUAAUUGAUUUUUUUUCCCCUUCCUCUUAAGUUUGAUAUUAUAUUUAAGGAAUCAAAUCACAACAAAAUCCUAGAAGAUUUUGGUAAUGGUGUUGAUAAUUUCAGGGAAAUUAAUCAAGUACCUAUUGAUCUUAAAUUGUAUUUUAUUCAGUAGUUUUGGUAUCUUACCAUGGGAAAUAUUAGCCCAGCGUAGCAGAAAAGUGCAAUAUGUAUAGCAAUACUCUUGACAUUUUAAUUCAUACCAUUUUGAAAUGCUGGGCAGGAAAUUUUUUUAUUUUGCAUGAAUUUUUUUUUUGCAAUUAAUUCACAGUUAAUCAGGCAUUUUGAAAUGUAAUUGGAUAAAACAUAAUAUACUUGAAAUUUCCUAACAUUUUAAUGUUACUUUUUAUUCUACUGUGAAAAGUUUUUAUAUGACAUUUAUACCUUAUACUGUGUCUUAUUAUGAAUUUACAAGAUUACUCUAGAUAUUCUGAGCCAGGAACACAAUCAGGUUUCAAGUCAGUUUGAUAAUGGCUAUUUUUAGUUCUAAUAUGAGUGUAGGAUUUAAGACAAUGUAAUGUUGAUGGGACUGCUAUCUGUGGAACUUAAUAAAUUAAUCUCUUUCUUCAGCCAUGAAGGAGAGUAAUAACUAAAAUUUGAAAUCAUUGGAUAUUGCUGUACAAGUUAAGGGUUACCCAUUUUAAUAAACCAUUUAUGAAUAAUGAAUUAUUAAAUGUUUGACUUCCUAGGAUAAUACUUCCAACAAUAAAAAGUUCUCCAGCUGUA